AAAUCAGCCGCCGUCAUCAUUUGAGGCUGCCGGAUUUUGUCUACGGCGAAUAAAUUAAUUAGUCUCUAGACAUACACAUCUAGCAAAAAGUUGUUGAAAUUUUCUAAUCAAAAGUAAAUAAAAAAUUUUAAGAAGCAGGAAAAGAAUAGAAAAACAUAUAUUAUAUUUAGAAAAUAUAAGAUUUUAUUUAAAAUGUAUAUCUUAAAAAUCCAUGGCCAUAUUUGAGAGGCGAUUCGAUCCGCAAUUAACUAAAGUUGAUGACACUCAUGAAAUUAACUGUAUUAUUGAAACGGCACAGGAAGUAAAUGGACAUACGGAGUAUCUUUUACGUUUACAACGUGGGAUUAUAAAAAAACAAACUUGGAGAAUAUUACGACGUUACAAUGACUUUGCUGAACUGCAUAAAUGUCUUUCGAUCUCUGGACUCGAGUUACCAUUACCCGGCAAACGAUUGUUUGGUAAUAUGCGUCCGGAAUUUAUAGCUGAACGUAGACAAGCCCUGCAAAUUUACAUCAACACAGUACUAAUGAAUCCUAUAUUAGCAUCAUCGCUACCGGCGAAACGUUUUGUCGAUCCGGAUAGUUAUCAGCAAUCAUUUCAUGAUCAAGCUGUUCAGAAUGCAUUAUUAUGUUUGCGAAACGAAAGUUCCUGGACGUUAGGUUCAACAAUGGGAGCAAUUGGUUGGCGCUUACGAAAACAUUAUUUCAAGGCUUUAGCUAAACCUCCAGAUUGCAAAUCUAGCAACAAGUUGUUAGUAAAAAGUGGCUCACAAUCGCAUAAUCAAUCCAAACAACAUUUAAACUCGGGUGGUGCAUCAGGUUCCAGUAGUGAACAACAUACAUCUUUGCAUUCAGGCCAUCACGAAGGUGAUGAGUUGGUAAUAGAAUGGCUGGAAUUUGGACCCGACAAAUAUAUCGAAGACAAGGAAUUGACAGGAAUUUUAAAGAGUCUAAUGAACCUGCAGCACCCACAUAUUGAAUCAAUUGUAUACGCAGGACAUAAUGAAAAUGGCUGCUUAGUAAUUAGAAAGUUUCAUAAACAUGGAACUCUUAAGGACAUCUUAUGUAUGGCUACACCCAAAAAUCCCUUUUUAAGUAAAUAUGGAAAUCCGAAAGGGCGAACCGCCCUAUCAAUGAAACAAGUAGCUACAUAUGGCAAACAAAUAUUAGAAGCUCUCAUAUUUUUACAUUCUAAAGGCUACCCAUAUGGUCACUUGCACUCGGGAAAUAUAGUAAUAUUAGAUGACUCUGUACGUCUUCUGGAUAUUGAAAAUUUUAUUCUUGGAGUCCCAUCUUUUUAUCGUCCAUUUUUUGUCCAACACAGCAAAAUACAUAAGCCUGAAGCGAUUGAUGUUUACUGCUUCGGUCAUGUAUUGUUUGAAAUGACAAUGGGUUAUCCAUUACAGGAAUCGGUCGUUAGGCAAAUAACAGAUUGUCCGGAAGAUUUAAAACAUCUACUUGAGAGUAUAUUAUCUAAGGAUGCUUGCAAGACUGGUCUCCCAACUUUAGAACAAUUGAUAAAGCAUGAGUUUUUCAACGAACACGCAAUAAAUUCUGAAAUUCAAGAAACCACGCCAUAUUUUAAAAUUUCCUUGGGCGCAAAAGAAAUUAUUAAAAAUGCUGUACAAAAAGCUGAAAAUCGUUUGCGUGAUGAGCAAAAAUCUGUCAAAAAUCAAAAGCGCAUUGUUCGAGUACAAGAACUAAUGAGUUCAGAAGAAGAAAAACGAAAAUCAAAACAAAAAGCGAAACAUGACCAUAAGCAAUCCAAACUUAAGCAGCAGAGUUCGUUACAGAAUAAUAACGGUAAAAUUCCUUUAGCUAACGCAACAGGUGGCAUUUCCGCAGCUGAAUCAACAGAGGGCGCAUCAAAUCAAUUCAGCCGCGUGAAUAGCAUGCACCUUGCGAGUUUUUCACAAGACGCCAACAAUUCUCUAAAAUCUCCACCCACAACACCUUCUCCAUAUCAAAAAUCCAAUGAAUGUCAAAGUCACCAAAAUUCCCAGCAGUUGCGUCAAACUUCUUCCUUAGCCAGUGUUGAUAGACAAUCAUCGUCACCGAAUAUUACAUCAGACACUGAAUGUGGCAACGAAGUAGAACGAUCUGCUCUCUUGGAGUCUAUUUGCAAAUUUAAUCGUGGUUCGCUACGCAAAGUUCGUUCCAACGAUUAACAUUAAAGUUUAUUCACACUGCUGUAUUGGCCCAACAAGAAAAAUCUUUGCCAAUACGGUUUGAAAGAAUUGGACCAAAAAAGGCUAUAUAAUAGCACAACCACAUUAUAUUUAAUUUAAAUACAAAAAUAAAUACAUUUUUAUAAAGCACAAAUUAUUAUAAAACAUGCUAUACUAAUCACUCACGUAAAAUAUAAAAAAAUAUUCGUCUAACUAAAUGUGUCUAGAUGUAAACAUAAUAUCUAUAAUGAAAUAAAUGUAUGUCCAGAAUAUAUGUA